AUGCUCCAGGCGAUAACGCCAGAGUCAAAGCGAUCGCAGGCGAAGGCGCUGAAGGAAGAAGGCAAUGACUUGGCGAAGCAGGGGGACAAGGCGGAGGCGCUCAAGAGGUACGAGAAGGGCAUCCGGCUCCUGGGCCUUCUCAACUACGAGCUUGAUGAGGAGGGCCUAAAGGCCCUGGAAGCCCAGACGCAGGAAGGCCGCGAGCUGCUGUCGAUCCUCGCGGCGAACGCGGCGCAGAUGUACAUGGAUCCGGCAUGCCGCCAGCUGUCCAAGGCCAUCCAAAGGUGUAGUCUGGCGAUCGACGCCAAUCCAAGCAACGCCAAGGCUCACUUUCGGAGGGCAUCGGCUGCUUACGACUACGCCGACAACGUGGCCAAGGGUGCCGACGCCAUCCUCGCGCAGGCACAGCGGGACAUCCGAAAGUUUCUGCAGAUGGACCAGGAGAAUGCAGCUGGCAAGGCCCUCCAAGAGCGUUUGGCACGGAAGCGGCAGGCAAUCCUUGGCCCAAUCAUGCGGGAGUCUGCGAAGUCUGAGCCCGAGACCGAGCCCGAGUGGUUCCAGCAAGUCAGCCAGCGAGCCAUCUUCGUGUGCAUGUGCGGGAGCAGCGCCGUCGGCAGAGAUCAGAUAGAGCUGCCGGAAACCCUGCUUUCCAUGGCCUCACAAGCCAAGGACAAGAAGGCCAUCAGCGUCGGCGUGGCCUAUGUCGGCUACAAGUCGCCCGACGAGCUGGAGAUGUUCACGGAGGAGUGGCAGAAGAAGUACUUCCGGAUGCUGCGGCUCGGGGAGCGCGCCACGCGCAUCCCGAAGCCUCGCCAGGUCGUUGUCCACGGUGAGGUGUACAACGUCUGGAGCCUUUUGGAGGGGCGUCUGCGCGUCAUGCGGGUUGGCGAGACGAGGAGGAACGGCGAGAAAGUCGGCUUGGGCUGGAUGAGGUACUGUGCCCAGCUCCUGUGGCAUGGGGAGUCCGGCACCCAGCACUUUGUGGGAGGAGAAAGCCGUGAGAAUGUACAGGACGACAUCGGGCAGGUGAUUGCAUUGUCGAUGCAAGCAGACUUGUUUCCGGCUUCUUGCUACAAAGCUACGGCCUCCUUGCCGCUCGGAAGCUGGCUGCUUGCAGCGUCUCAUUCGUCAGCAUUGUGGACCACAUCCACGGAUGAUUACCAUCGAUGGAGCAAUGUCUACUCCCAUGUGGCGCUCAUUUCGGAGGCUGUGGUUGGGGUCCUUGCGGCAUGCGUGAGAGGUGCCGAGCUGUGCAUCAACUUUCUGGCAGUGCGCCCGGAGUGCCGGGAGCCUCGCGUGAAAGUCGGAGCCUUGCUCCUUGAGGCCUGCUUGAACCAGGCCCAGGCAUCACCCAGCUUGCGUUCAGCAUGUGGAGUGGUGUACAAGAACACCUCUUGGCUGAUGAGCCUAGCAUCAACGUUCAAGUUUCUUGAGGUGCAGGACUUGGGCGGGAAGGUGCUUCUUGAGCGAAACUUCCCGGAGCCUACACAUCGGACACAGCAAGAGGUCACCCUCAGUGCCCCGACAGCGCACAAUCUUCAGGAGUUUCAGAAGCUGGAUCAGCAGAACCUUCCGCUGUCUUAUGGUCUCGAUUUCUACCGCAGAGUGCUUCUACAUGCGGGGCUUUCACGCCUGGCUUCCGUGGAUGGCAAGGCUGUGGGAAGCUUGAGCGCUCGACUGGUUCGUUCCAGCCGCUACGAGGAUUUUGUGUACAUCGGCAACUUGUGCGUGAGCACAACUUCUCGUCGCCGUGGGGUGGGAGAGCAGCUGGUUCACUGGCUGUUGGACGAAGUUCGUCGACAGCCGGAAGUUUCAUGCAUCUACGCGCACACAGAAGUAUGCAACAAGCCAGUGCUAUCCAUGGCCGUGAAGAUGCAGUUCCACAUCAUCGGGCUUGCGCCGGGAUACUACUCUCAACCUGCCACUCCUGAUGCCUAUGUCCUUUUCUGGUGCAAGCCGGACAGGCAAACAGCAGGAUCACAGCACCCAAUUUCGAUCCACGAUCUCGAGGAGGCAGUUCGACAUGCGGCAGAGUUGGACCGACAAUGUUUGAGUUCUGAUACACCUGGCAACCGUGAGAUUUCCAGGGAGGAAUCAGGGCAUGAUGGCUCCUCAUCUGACAGCGAAUGGCUGCUGGUGGAACCUGUGAGCCAUGAUUCGUGCCUCUAG